AUGGUAGCACCUGCAAUGCCAGGUGGGGAAGAAUUUCGCCCAGAAGCUGCAAUAGUGAAUUACUUCGGGUUAGAACCAAAGUUUAUGUUUAGGGGUGACUUUGACAUAUGUGAAAAUGCACCUGCUUUCUUUUACUGUGAGGUGGAUGGAAGCUCCCUUUGUUUGCAGUGCGAUAUGAUUGUUCAUGUAGGAGGCAAAAGAACCCCUGAAAGAUAUCUUAUAUUGAGGCAGAGAAUUGAGUUUCCCGGGGAUAAGCCUGGCCGUAUGGAGGAUCCAACUGAGAACAGGAGGGGAGAGAAUCAGCAACUCGGAUUGACAAUAGGAGAGAACCAGCAGAAUCACAGGGUUCCAGAGUCAGCUACGAAUGCCAAUGCCGAUGGGCAUGCCAACAUGGACGUUGUAUAA